CUGUCAACUGCCUUUGAACGGACAACGGGUAUACAAUAGUACUGCGAACGCACAUCUAUCUGUAUGCGCCAGUCGACAUUAACACUUCAUUUUAUAUCCGUCUAUUAUAUUAUAUUUCUAUAGCUGACAUGGGAAACACCAUUAUAUCUUACUGGAAGGUUUCGGACCUACUGUCAAUGGGAUGAAACGUACACGAAGCGAGUAGCGAUAGUUAACGGCGACAUGGUUUCGUUAGUGCGGUCGAAUAUUAUAGUUAGGUUGGUGUUUAUAAUUACAGUUUUUCACCCAGUAUGCCAGAGCAAACCAUUGCUACAGAGACUACGUACACAGGGAUUGAGGGACAGUUCAGGAAAAGUAAAUGUCAGGCGAAGGGAAAUUCUGGGAAAACAUUCAUCUACAUAUUUACAUGGUAUCCAAGUUGAGGAAUCAUUGAAAAGGAGCAAUUUUGAAAAUGUAAUUGAUAAAAAUAUUAGAAACAUCAGGACUCCAAGUGAAUAUAUGAUCGAGGAAGGGACAUAUAUUAAACCUCGCACACGGCAUCGCAGGGAGUCGGGGGUUGGACCGAGUCGUGAUAAUGAACGUAAAAGGGGACGGACGGAGGUGGUAGAAGAAUUGCCUCGUAGACACAAUCAUGGGCGGACAAAGGGGAAAAAACGAAAACGUGAAAGAAACAGAAAUCGUGAGAGAAGGAAAGGAAAUAAGAAAGAACGGAAUACAGAGAAAAAUAGAAAGCACGAAUUAGAGGGACGGGUUGGUGUAGACUUGUUUGACGAGACAAUAGAAAGGAAACAUCCUCCAAAAAGUGAACAAAGGGACGACCCGACGUUAGGUGACGUGGACAAACACGACCAGGAUUAUGUUUAUGACUAUUUGAGCGAAGACAACAGAUUCGCACCAAACAUGAAAGGAAAAAAAGAAACAAACUUGAUCUCUGAAAACGAUUCUGCGCCGAAAGAUUAUGCCAAGUUAUUUCAAAACAGUGAUUUGGCAGAGCUUGGAUCACCGGAUUUGACAAGGACAAACCCUAAUAUUGAAGUUACAAUUGAAAUUCUCCAUGAAAACUAUACGGAAAUGGAGAAGGAUAACCGCGGGCCGAAUGACUUCCCUGUCGGUCAAAUCAUUGACUUUGAGGAGCUAGCCAAUGCAUUCCAGAAUAUCGGAAACCCGGGUGGCACGGAAGACAGUGAAAAGACGGAUGUUUUGAUAAAUAGUGACGCCGACAUUGACGGGAUGAAGACCACAGGAACGCAAACGACGUUUCCGCAGGAUGACAUUAAUCUUCUGGAUAAUAUUAGGACUAGUUCACCGCGGGCAUUCACGGAACAGAGCGAUGAAUAUGGCUUCUCGCAAACAGACACUUAUCAAGGCGUUAUGGGAGGGCAACAAUUGGUCGAUUUCGAUAGGGUUACGGGCGACUGGAGCGAGUGGAUUGAAUGCAGUGUUACAUGUGGAGGUGGCACUAAACGCCGACAAAGAAGUUGUGGCAAUUCGUGCAUUUCAACAGAGACUCAGGACUGUAUAAUUCAACCGUGUCCAGAAGAAACGCCAGAGUCCGAUAGUGAGCCUGGUGAUGCAGACGCUAUGGUAGAAGAACAGUUUGGCCUACUCACACACCUUGCUUCGUUCACGGAUGAUUUAGAACACGACAGCUGUGAGGCAUGGAUGACCUGUAAGAACGAAUUUCUCCUCUCGUAUCUGUCCAGAUUACAGGAACUACCGAGUUGUCCAUGUGUCUACCCCAUCAUCAUUGCACACAAUAGCAGCAUUUGGGAUCAACAAAAACAAAAAACGUUUAAUUGGAUGGAUGCGAGUGGCGAGAAGCUAAAUAUCUACAAACCCACAGCUAGCCACUGUAUUCGAUCUAAACUAUCCGUACAAAGUACCAGUCUAGCUGCGCAACACUGCUGCUAUGAUAGCGAUAUGAUUCUUAUCACUCGGGGACCAGGCGCGGGGACGCCUAAUCUCAUAAGUACAGAAGUGUCGUAUGAAUUACAUUAUAAAAUUGACAUCAUGCCUUGGAUACACUGUAAAGGUGACUGGACUCGGUAUAACCAAGUCAGACCACCGAAUAACAUGGCUGGCUGCAUCGAAAACCCAGACACGCGAACAUUUGUUAGACUGUACCAAGAAGCAAAAAUAUAUUAAUUUCCACUGUACCGUGGAAAUAUGAAAAGAUGAAGACCAAGACAACAUCUACAUAAUGAAUUGUUGUGUAAUAACGCGAAGGAGUGCUUUCAAGUAAUAUAUAAAUCAUGCUGAAAAGCCUUGGAAUGAGUCUGGUGUGUUUCUUGACCGGGGCUUGAAUUCGAAGGUGCGAAGAACG